GCCACCCGCCUCGUUCCCGGAAGUAAAAGAGAGCAGCGUUGCCAUGGCGGCGUCUCUGGGGCAGGUGCUGGCUCUGGUCCUGGUGGCCGCGCUGUGGGGGGGCACGCAGCCGCUGCUGAAGCGGGCCUCGGCCGGCCUGCAGCAGGUUCAGGAGCCGACCUGGGUCCGCCAGUUGCUACAGGAGAUGAAGACCCUUUUCUUGAAUACCGAGUACCUGAUGCCCUUUCUCCUCAACCAGUGUGGCUCCCUCCUCUACUACCUCACCUUGGCAUCAACAGAUCUGACCCUAGCAGUGCCCAUCUGUAACUCUCUAGCCAUUGUCUUCACGCUGAUGGUUGGGAAGGUCCUUGGAGAAGAUAUUGGUGGAAAACGAGCGGUCGCUGGCAUGGUGCUCACUGUAACAGGAAUUACACUUUGCAUCACAAGCUCAGUGAACAAGGCCCAGGGGCCACCAUCUACCUUUUAGUGGGCUAAUUCCCACCUCAAGCUCUGCCAUCACUAGGAAGCUCCUGGGCCAUGGGUGCAGGCAGUGAGCGGAUGGGCCUAGCACUUGCCCUCCCUGAGCCUCGGCUUCCUCAUCUCGUAUGGGAACAUCUACCUCGUGGAGCACAAUACGUUUUUUAACCUUUGAGCAGUGUUCAGCUGCUGUGAUUCAGCACAGGAGACUUUAUCCUUACCCUCAGCAGCCAUUCUGCCCAGCUGCUUUCUUCCUGUGUUAUCUCAGGCCACUGUUAUGCAGCCACUAUUAAUUUGACCUGUUCUGGACUGUUAUGGUCUGCAGAGCCCUGGCAGCAGGGCAAGCUGCAGUCUCUGAACCAGAAGUGUGACUAGGAGGUCUCUAUGUUUCAGUCAGAGUGCCUUGCUGAUGUUGAUGAAACUGAGGGGGAAAGGGUGUAGGAAAGAUGAGCUGUUAAGCUCCCUACCCAUCUAUGAGGAGGGUGAAAUUGCUUUACUGCCAGCCCCUCUCAAACAGACAACUGUGAGCCUGGUAAGAGCUACCUGCAACACCCAACACAACUGGCCACUUGCAGCCUCAAUAAAUCAUUAAA